AUGACAACAUGUCCUAACUGCAGUCAGACAACAAAAGAUCAUUUGGCUGAAGUAUAUAGCAGUAAUCCAUCACUCAUUUUGACGAAUAUCAUUAAUCGUAAUCUUAGAGACAUAAUUAAAUAUCAAAGCGAUGCACGUUUUCAUAAAGAAAAGUGCGGAGCAGAUAUUGUGGCUCAAACUGUUUAUCAAUCAGUAUUAAAACAAGAACAAACCUUAUUUGUUACUUGCAUUCUACGUGCUGAUGGAGCUCCAAUAACAAAACGUAUUAGGAACUGUAAAAGUAUGUGGAUAUUGCAAUUAUUUAUAGCUGAACUGUCCCCUUAUAUACGUUUUUCAAAAUCAAAUAUUAUGUUAUUAUCAAUAUGGACUGGGUCGUCAAAAGAAGGAUUUAAUCUUUUUCUUUGUGAUAUCGUAAAAAAAUUAAACAGUGUCAGAGGUGGGCAAGUCCGACCAUUUCGAAGUCCAAGUCAAGUCCAAAAAGAUGGUUUAUUGAUAAAUAUCGAUCAAACUCAACGUAUCAUUCCAAUUCGUUUUCAGUUAUUUACUGGAGAUCUUCCUGCUCUGGAAACAAUGACNAGUCCAAGUCAAAAAGAUGGUUUAUUGAUAAAUAUCGAUCAAACUCAACGUAUCAUUCCAAUUCGUUUUCAGUUAUUUACUGGAGAUCUUCCUGCUCUGGAAACAAUGACAAACACUGUGCAACAUGGUGGUUAUCAUGCCUGUAUCUCGUGUAACAUUCAUGUUUUUUAUUGGAUAAAAUCAAUAAACUUAACUGGUGCAAUUGAUUUGGAAGGGUCAAAAGAUUCUCCCAGAGUUAUUCGUACAAAGGCGUUUAUUCAGAAGGUUAAACAACGGUUAUCAAAAAGAAAGCGAAGUUCAAUACGAUUGUUAGCAAAGGAAAUGAAAACAUCCUUUGGUACAAUUCAUCGUACAAUUAAAGAUGAUCUCAGCUACAAGGCUUAUAAAAUGCGAGUGGUACCAAAACUUGCUGACGAACAUAAAAGCAAAAGGAAAUCAUUUGGCAUUUGCGUUAGAAAAAAUAUCACGAAAUCCAUGUCAAAAAAGAUCUUAUUUUCGGAUGAGAAAUACUUUCGAGUUAAUAAUACCUUUAAUACACAGAAUGAUCGAAUGUAUGCUGCUACACGCAAGGAAGCAGAUGAUAUAGGUGGUAUUCAUCGUGAAACGCAAUUUUCGCCUGGCAUUAUGAUUUGGUUAGGGGUAUGCUAUCAAGGAGUGACACGCCCGGUGAUCAUCGAAGGCACCAUUAACAGUUCACGAUAUAUCGAAGAAAUUUUACCUAUAGCAUUCGAAGAUGGUGAAAAAAUGUUAGGUAGUGAUUUUAUUUUUCAACAAGACGGUGCACCAGCACACAGGGACCAAAUGACACAGCAAUGGUGUGAAGAAAAUUUUCCGGAUUAUUGGACUAAAGAUCGUUGGCCUCCAUAUAGUCCAGAUCUUAACCCACUGGACUAUUGCAUCUGGGAUGAACUUCGUCAACAAAUGGACUGGAGUCUCAUAACGAACAAGCAAACAUUAAUGAAGAAAUAA